AUGAGAGAGCUGAAACAAAUCCACACCCACAUCAUAAAGUCCCCAUUUUUACUCAAACAAGACCAAACCUUUCUCAUCACCCGUCUCCUAUUCUUCUGCGCUCUAUCCGAUUCGGGUUCUCAGACCUACGCCACCGCAGUUUUCCGGGUCAUAAAGAACCCGACUCUCUACGUCUACAACAUCAUGAUCAGAGCAUACGCGUGUAGAAAGACCAGUGCUUUGGAUAAACCUGCUUCCUUUCGGUCGUUGGUGUUGUAUAAGCAAAUGGUUGGAAAUGGGAUUGGGCCCAAUUGCCUCACUUUUCCGUUUCUUGUGAAGGAAUGCGCGGCGAGGAGUGACGGCGGCGCUGGCCGGAGCGUUCAUGGCCAAGUGGUUAAGUACGGGUGUGAAGAUGAUGUGUUUGUUCGAAACUCGUUGAUGGAUAUGUACUCUGUUUGUGGGUCUUUGAGUUGCGCACGCAAGGUGUUCGAUGAAAUGCCUGAGAGGGAUGUGGUUUCGUGGAACUUGAUGAUUAAGGGGUGUUUGAGAAGUGGGGAACUUGAUGAGGCGAUGGGCGUGUUUGGGAAGAUGAAGCAGAGGAGUAUUUUUAGUUGGAAUUCCAUUAUAACUGGGUGUGUUCAAGGCGGUCGGCCGAAGGAGGCAUUGGAACUUUUUCAUGAAAUGCAGGUUAGGGGCGGUGUUAGACCGGAUAAGAUUACGAUUGCUAGUGUCCUUGCAGCUUGUGCUCAUCUUGGCGCGGUUGAUCACGGGACAUGGGUGCAUGGGUACCUGAGGAGAAGUGGGCUAGAGAGUGAUGUGGUUAUUGGAACAGCUCUGGUUGACAUGUAUGGUAAAUGUGGAUGUGUGGAAAAAGCUUAUGAGGUCUUUAAGGAAAUGCCGAAGAAAGAUACUUUGGCAUGGACAGCUAUGAUUUCGGUUUUUGCUCUCCAUGGGUUUGGCAAUGAGGCUUUUGAUCUUUUUGAAAAGAUGGAAGCAACUGGGGUUGAGCCGAAUCAUGUGACGUUUGUUGGGUUGUUGUCAGCUUGUGCUCAUUCCGGUUUAGUAGAGAAAGGUCGCUGGUGUUUUGAUGUGAUGAGACGUGUUUACUUAAUUGAACCUCAGCUUUAUCAUUAUGCAUGCAUGGUUGAUAUACUUAGCAGAGCCGGGCUAAUUGAAGAGGCGGAGAGGUUGAUAAGAAGCAUGCCAAUGAAGCCAGAUGUAUUUGUUUGGGGUGCAUUACUUGGAGGUUGUCAAAUACAUGGAAAGGUUGAGAUAGGAGAACUGGUGGCCCAUCAUUUAAUUGAUAUGGAACCUCUGAACCAUGCUUUUUAUGUCAACUUGUGCGAUAUAUAUGCCAAAGCUGGUAGAUUUAAUGAUGUGAAAACAAUUAAAUCACUAAUGAAAGAAAGAGGGAUCAAAAAGGAAGUUGCAGGCUGUAGCCUGAUUGAAGUCGAUGGAGUUGUUCUUGAAUUCUCAGUCAGAGGAUCCCCUGAUGUUGUAAUGGAUGAAGUAUUAUGCGUCUUGAGUCAGUUGAAUAGUGAGGCCUAG